AUGACAUCUCCCCCCCUCUCUUCCCCCACACCCACCCACCCCAUUUCCUCCCCUCCCCUCCCUUCCCCUCCCCUUUCCUCCCCUCCGCUCCCUUCCGCUCCGUCCCUCUCCCUUCCUCCCCUCCCCCUUUCCCCUCGCGUCUCCUCCUCCUCGCCUCGCCUCUUCUCUCCUCCCCUCUUGUCUCCUCUCAUCUUCACACCGCCUCUCUUCGCCUCUUCUCACCUUUCUUCGCCUCUCCCCACCUCUGUUGGCCUCUCCUCACCUCUCUUUGCUUCUCCUCACACAACUCCUCCUUUCCUUCUCUCAGCACAUUCACACGUGCUACGCGUGUGGCGAGCGGCGGACGCGGUGUGCUUCGACGUCGACAGCACGGUCUGCGUCGAUGAGGGCAUUGACGAGCUCGCCGCGUAUUGCGGAGCGGGCGAGGCAGUUGCUGCCUGGACGACCAAGGCCAUGUCUGGGUCGGUUCCGUUUGAAACAGCUCUGGCCGCUCGGCUGGAGAUAUUUAAUCCAUCCGCUGCUGACGUGGCAGGGUUUCUCAGAGACCAUCCGCCAAGGCUAAACCCCGGUAUUGGUGAACUUGUUAAAAGAUUAAAGGCGAGAGGAACCGAGGUGUACCUUAUUUCUGGUGGCUUUCGACAAAUGAUUGAGCCUGUUGCCGCGCUUCUGGACAUCCCCGUUACAAACAUCUUCGCCAACCGUCUGUUGUUCGAGGAGGGGAGCGGCGCAUAUGCUGGGUUCGACGCUAACGAGCCCACGUCUCGGAGCGGCGGCAAGGCCCGAGCUAUCGCGCAGCUGAAGCAGGAGCAUGGGUUCAAAAGCUUGGUCAUGGUGGGAGAUGGUGCCACUGAUCUAGAG